UCAUCCUUUAUCUCAAUAACAAUAACACUACUAUUCUUUUUUAUUUUCUCACCCCAACACAACAACCAACAACACUAACAAAAAAAAUAUACCUAAAACAUCCAUUAAUGUUACUACUAUUACGUUUUCCACCUUCUUUCAUUACUUUUCUUCCUCUUUUCCAAAUAAAACACAAAUCAAGGCCAGUUAAUUCAUAUUCUUAAUGCUUUUUUUUGUCGUCAAAUGUCUUCAAAUUCUGUUCAAAACCCAACCCCACCAACAUCAUAUGCCUCCCCACCAGUAGCAAUAAUCUUCACUGUCAUCCUCAUUUUAAUAUUCUUCAUAGGUUUUUCUUCUAUUUUCUUUUGUAGGUGUUUCAUCCAAAAUUUACUAUUUACAUGGCAUUUACGAAAUUCUCCUCACGGUACUCCAAUUAAUCCUAGGGUUUCAACAAACGGACAAGGUCUUGAUCCUGCUAUUAUUAAAUCAUUUCCAACAUUUACUUAUUCGAGUGUAAAAGAUUAUCACAAAGAAUCUUAUGGUCUUGAAUGUGCCAUUUGUUUGGUUGAAUUCGAGGACGAUAGCUUGCUCCGCCUCUUAACAUCUUGUAACCACGUGUACCAUCAAGAUUGCAUCGAUCUCUGGCUCGAGUCGCACAAGACAUGCCCCGUGUGUCGCGCGAACCUAGACUCACUCGAGGUGUUAAAGAAAAGGUCACAACCAACAACUGUGAAUAGUAAUGAUAAUAAUAAUAAUAAUAAUGUCAUGCGUGACAUUAACGAGCACGAGUCGUUAGAAGAUUCCGUGAGCAUUGUAAUUCGAGAUGACAAUAAUGACGAUGAUCAUAAAGAAGAAGAAAGUGGAAGCGAGGAGCACUCGAAAAGGGCUAGUGCAACAUUAGAACGUGUCGAAUUACAAAAUAGAGGAGAAAAAUUUUCGAAAUCACAUUCAACGGGGCAUUCAAUAAAUAGGGCUAGAGGAGGUGAAGAUAGGUUCACAUUGAAGUUACCAGAACAUGUGAAGGCAAAAAUUAUAAAGGGACAUAAUUCAACAAAAAGUUGUAUCAGUUUUGGAGAAUACAAAAGCAAAACGACCAAUGGAAAUGGUGGUUUUGGUGAAGUUUCAGACUCAACCAACGUAGAUAUUGUACUCAACAGAGUAUAAUUUAU